GCCCCGCCGCCGGCCGUCGGCGGCGCCGCGCCGGUCCGGCUCACCCCUAAGGAACAGGAGGAGAUCCGCCAGUUGCAGAGGGCCGACCAGCUGUUUGACAAGCAGUUCAAGUCCUGGGAAGAGCAGUUCAACAACUGGAAGGAAGAGAACAGGGGACAUGCGGACAAGUCCCAGCUAAAGGACUACGAGGAGGAGAUGCUGCAGAUGAAGAACAAGCUGCUGCAGCGGCGUGACCACCUGCGCCGCCGGCUGGCGCAGAAGCUGGCCAAGGCGCGCGGCGAGACGCCGCCACCCGACCUGCCGGCCCCGGAGCCGGGCUGGCCCCGCCGGCCAGUUGGCGAGAGGACGCCGAGCUCUGUCGGCACGCCGGACGAGCCCGGCUCGCGCGGCCGGCCUGGCGACGACUACGGCUCCGGCUACGGUGCGGACUACGGCGGCCGCGAGGACGGCGGCGACGGCUUUGGCAGGGGUGGCUACGAAGAAGCCAGCGAAGACUACGGCCCGCGUCGUGGCGGCUACGGCGCACGCGGCCGCGGACGUGGCGAGCCCCCGUCCGGCUACGGCGGUGGGUACGGCCGUGACCGGGGCGGCUACACCGGCGGCGGCGGCGGCUACAACGGCGACGACCCGUACGACCCGACAGAGAUGGAAGGCGGAGAGGGCGGCGAGGAAGCAUGGGCUGGCUACGGACAGAGCUACGAUGAGUGGGACGAAUAUGCAGACCAGGGAGGUCACGGCCAGGAGCAGGGCGGGGAUGACUGGCAGGAGGCGGGUUACGCGGCACGGCAGCAUGGCGGCUACCGGUACGGACGCGCCAGCGGCGGCCACCGCGGGGACGAUUCACACGCGGUCAUCGACUACGGCCACCAGAACGCCCUGGAAGUCGUCUCAAAGUUCGAAGAGGUGACUCAACGGGCCACGCCGCCGGAGGAGCACGGCUGGGAGGUGACGUGA